AGCAGCAGUAACCGCCUGAGCUAGACACCGAUCCAGCAGCAGCAAAGAUGGCUCAGACAAACCCUCUGCCUGUUCCCAUGGGCCCGUGGAAGAGCGUUCGGAGCAGAGGCCGGGAGAACCGCCAGCCACAGCCCUGCCACCCGCCCGUCCCAGAACGGCUCCGCUCCUCUCUCCGGACGGCACCGCUGCCCCGGGAACUGAUCUCCGCAGGGAUCACCGUGUACGACCAAGAAAACUUCCAGGGCAAGAGGAUGGAGUUCACCUCGGCCUGUCCAAACAUCAUGGAAUGCGGCUUCGACAACAUCCGCUCCCUGAAGGUGGAAUGUGGCGCCUGGGUCGGUUACGAGCACACCGGCUUCUGCGGGCAGCAGUUCAUCCUGGAGAGGGGAGAGUACCCGCGCUGGGACGCCUGGAGCGGCAGCAACGCCUACCACAUCGAGCGCCUGAUGUCCUUCCGCCCCGUCUGCUCCGCUAAUCACAAGGAAUCCAAGAUCACCAUUUUUGAGAAAGACAACUUCAUCGGCCGCCAGUGGGAGAUUGCUGAUGACUACCCCUCGCUGCAGGCCAUGGGCUGGGCCAACAACGAAGUGGGCUCCAUGAAGAUCCAGUGUGGCGCCUGGGUGUGCUACCAGUAUCCCGGGUACCGUGGCUACCAGUACGUCCUGGAGUUUGACCACCACGGUGGAGACUACAAGCACUGGAGAGAGUGGGGUUCGCACGCCCAGACCUCCCAGAUCCAAUCCAUCAGGCGUGUCCAGCAGUAGCUCCCCACUUCCCAGUACAUCUCUGCAAGGUUUCGAAAGCUCACUGGCUCCCUCUUGGUGCUAAUACUCCCCUCCCGAAAUAACCACCCCCUCUCGUACUGCCACUGCUUAUGGAACAACACUCCCAAAACGGUACCGACUGCCACAACUGCCAAUAAAUGUGACUGAAAGAAAAAGAAAA